GGAAUUUUCCACACAAGAGAGAGAUGCGCCUCCCGCUGAUUCCAGCUCGUUCCUUUUCCCCUUCUCCACGUCACCGCCUUCCUUUAUAAAGCCACUCCGCCCAUUCUCCGCUGGUACACAACGGUCAGUCACCAAGCAAAGCUUGAUAUUCUACUAGUACUCUUUCACAACCUGAAAUCAGAUUCGGCAACCCUUUCGAAAAUGGCUUCCUCACUUGCUUUCCGAAGGGCUGCGAAUGUUUCUUCACCUCUUCUCAUGAAGCUUAUCGAUGUUGGCUCUCUCCGUACCCUUGCAGCUGCUCCUUCGAUGGUGCGUUCUUUCAAUACGAAUGCUCAGAUGACGACUUAUGGUGAGGGUGACCGGAGUGUUGACGUCGAACGCCGCCCCGAAAGCGGUGUCUUUCGCCGACGGGACUCUUUCCCCAGCUUCUUUUCAGAUGUGUUGACUCCAUUUUCACCGACGAGGAGCGUGAGCCAGUUGCUGAACCUGAUGGACAGAGUCAUGGAAGACCCAUUUCUAGCUGCUCGGGAACUUGGGCCAGCGGCGGUGUCGAGGAGGGGCUGGGAUGUUAGGGAGGGCGAAAAAGCGCUGUACAUCAAGAUGGACAUGCCAGGACUGGACAAGGAAAAUGUGAAGGUCACGGUAGAGCAGAACACUCUGGUAAUUAAAGGAGAAGGCGUGAAAGAGUCAGAGGAGGAGGAACAUGGAAGGAGGUACUCGAGCAGGCUUGAUUUGCCGCCUAAUCUGUACAAGAUUGAGGAGGUCAAGGCUGAGAUGAAGAAUGGAGUGUUGAAGGUAAUCGUCCCCAAAGUGGAGGAGGAAGAGAGGAAAGAUGCGUUCCAAGUUAAGGUUGAUUAAAAUUAAAGGUUCUCUGCGUAACAUGAAUGAUCAAGAAACACGUUUAGGAUGAAGGGUUGUUUUUGAGGCUUUAAUUUGGGAGUUUUUUUUUUAUAAGGCUUAGUGCUUUUUGUGGUCAGGGUUAAGAGUAUGGAUUAAGGAAAAUAAAUGUGAAUUAUGAGUGAGGGAAGAGUUUGUAAAUGCUGGCUGUCUAGACACUUGAAGAAGCGGAGUUAUAAUUAAUGAUAUCUCUGUUUUGAGCUUGUA